UUCUUUUUUUUAAAUUUUUUUUUUUUUGAGAAGAUGGCCUUUCUAAUGAAAAGUAUGUUGAGCAACCAGGUAAAGAAUUUGGGACUUGGAGGUGGAGGGGAAGAAAGCAAAGAAGAAAGCACUCCUUCUGAUCCAGCAGCAGCUGCAGGAAUGACCAGAGAGGAGUAUGAGGAAUAUCAAAAGCAAAUGGUUGAGGAGAAGAUGGAAAGAGAUGCAGCAUUUGCACAGAAAAAAGCAGAACGAGCUGUUCUGAGGGUUCACCUGAGAGAAAAGUACAGACUGCCCAAGAGUGAAUUGGAUGAGAAUCAAAUACAGAUGGCUGGAGAUGAUGUGGGGUUGCCAGAAGACCUUCAGAAGAUGGUGGCAGAAGAUCAGGAGGAGGAAGAGGACAAGGACUCUAUCCUGGGCCAGCUGCAGAACAUCCAGAAUAUGGACAUGGAUGCCAUCAAAGAAAAGGCACAAGCCACCUUCACUGAGAUGAAACAGGCAGCUGAGCAGAAAUGUUCUGUGAUGUAGAAGAGCCACCACUGCCCAAGGGCUGUAACCUCAGUCUUGUGUUGCUGGGUCUGCAAAGGGAGAGCACGUAGCUCUAUAGCAUUCAGUGUAAAUAUAGAACAGUGAUGAGAGAGAGACUUAAAACCCUGAGGGGAGAGUAAAAAUUUCCCUGCUGGGACUGCCUAGAAGGAAGUUAGAACUUAUCCUCAGUUUUGAACAUAACUUUUUCCCCCAUGGAAAAAAUGGUUUUAAAUAAGUUAAUACUGGGGGGAAAAUGUGCCUUUUUCCAUUUUUUUCCACAUGAUUGAAAUGCUAAUAAAUAUGUACGUUUGAACAAAAUUGUACUUCUGAUACAUGACCUAGAGGUAACUGCUCAUUUAAUCCUGCUUUCAGAAAUAAACACGUAUAUUUCUUACAAAAACAUGUCUGUCUCAAACAUCUUGAGGCAAACACAGUGUUCAGAUAUUGACAUUUGCAGCAAAACCUUGAUUUUUUUCACUACACUAAGUGUAGCAAAAGGCAAAAAAUGAAGCAUGAACUCAACAGCUUGGGUCAAAAAUGUCAUAUACACCGAGUGAGGACUUGUAGGAAAGUAAGGCUUGGUGGCUCUCUGUGAGCUCUGCUCUGGAGCAGUGCAGGUUUCUCCUGUCAGCUUUUAUUUCCCAUCCUCUCAAAGACACUUCAAACAUAAAGGGACAGCAGUGACCUUCUUGUCUUUGUGUGCCAAAUUCUGGGGCUCGGGGUACCAGCGCUAGGCUAAAGCAGCUCCCCAUGCUGAUUCUGGGAGUUGCCUCCAUCGAGGGCUAAGCACAGAAGGUUAUGCCAGGGUAGGGCACCUAAACCUGAGGGAAGGCAUAGCUCUCACUAGUGUUAAAUCUGCCUGGGUCUAUGAGACAUGCAGGCUGCUGCUCCCAAGGAAUUUUAUUAAAUGAAUGGCUUUGUAAGUUCUUCAAGAGCUAGCCUGGGAAUUUAAAUUUGGAAAUGAAUACAUGUAGCACUUUCCUACAGGUUUAUAAGUCUCUUUCUCUCUCUCUCCUUCUGUCUG